UAUAACAAUCAUGUUUUUUCAAUUCAGUUUUCAACACUUCAAACUAAAACUUAUUUUUCUUUUUCGGUGGUCACUCCCAUUAAAAUACAGUAACAAGAAUAAUCGCAUGUUUGGUACGGUAACAACAUUUAGUACCGGUAGCCUAUUAUCUUGAUUGAAUUUAUUGAAGGUUUAUUGUUUUAGCAAAAAUUACUGUAUUUGUAAGGCCAUCACAAACAUGAGCGCUGAGGAUGAGUGUUUUCCGAAUAGAUAUGGAUCAUACGGAAUCACAUUUAUGAAUGAGGAGAGAAUGCCAAAGAAAGAAUAAAAAAUGGUCGUCCAAAGAUGCCGAUGGAAAGAAGGGAGGCGCUGACGCUAAAUAUGACUCUGAUAAUAAAUCUAACGCAAAUCGACGUAGUUAUCAGGGAUCUACAAAUUCCUUGGCUGAAUCAGCUGUGAGUGAAGCAGCAGCUAGUGGUAAAAAUAAGAACAAAAAUCAUGGACAUCAAGAGAACAAUCCUCCCACUUCUGCUCCAAAACUGGGGACUUCCGGAGGUACAUCGCGAAGGAAAGCCACCAGCAAACCACCACUCUUGACCAAUCGCAAUGACGUACUUGCUGUGGAAAAGUGUGUUGAGACGGAGUGUAUAUUGGUGCUACUUGUCAAUUUGCCGCAGUGGUUCGCACAGGGACACACUUAUAGAAUUGUAUACGAAGCUAUCGGUGUCUGGCCUUACGAGAUUGAAAUGUGUACCUCUAUGAAGCACGAGACUGUUCGCUACGCAAAAAUCAACUUCAGAAAUAUGGAUGAGGCUUUGAGAUGCGUAAACUUUUACCGCAACUAUGUGUACAUGGGACGGAGGCUGCUCUGUGAACUCAAUGACGAAGUAGCGGCCGGAUCAAAUGAUAUGAGGUCUGUGUAAACUUCAAAUAGAUGAGCCUCAUUCUACGACAACGAUUAAUUCAAGUUAGGUUAGGUUCCCACUUUUACUACAAAAAUAAUGUCAUGUGUUAACAUGUAAUGUUAUUUUCAUCGACAUGAAGUAAGAACAGGACAUAACAGUGAAGGUUGAUUUUGGUUUGAAUUAUAGUUAUAAGGUUUGAAUGUUUUGAAUUGAAGCGGCAAUAAUAUUGAUCUUCAAUUUCCUGCCAACCUAUAGGCCUACAAUGAAUAUAAUAACCUUCACUGAAUAUUUGUUAUCGCCUAAAUUCAAAUCCAUAAGUCGAAAUACAUUAGAAUAUCAUUCAGUAUAAUACCAUUUCAUUUUGGUGUAGAAAAUGUAAUAAAUUUUCGAAUAAAAUACAUAAUAGCCAUGACAUUUCAAAAAGGCUUUCACGAUUUGAAACAUGUUAUGCACUAAUAAAAUAUAAAAGAUACUGGAUCAUUUUUUUCAUUAUGAAUUUUAAUUGAAGUGGCAAAAAUACUCGAAAAUAGUUUUCCGCCUUGUUAGGAUGACAGGAAGUUGAGGAUCGGUCGUCAAACUAGACAAAGUAAUGCUACCUCAAUCACUAGUUCCUCUAGUUUUUAUUUUGAGCUCCAUGUUUUUUUUCAAAUAUUCAACUGGUCAUAGAAGAUUAGAGCAUCUUGAUUUUUCCUCUUUGUUUAAAAAAGUUGAAAGUAUAUUUUGUUUCAAUCAAAGUCUAUAUUUUUCAACUAUUCAACUGGAGAGUCAUCUCGGAUUCUUCUUAGAGACUGUUAAAAAUUUAAUUUUGAAUUUUCUCACCAACUGAACUAUGAAAUUAAUGUUGAAUAUUCCAAGUAUUCUGUGUAAACGCUAGCUUGAAUGUUUUAUUUGGUAGUGAAUAUUACUUCAAUAAGAUUAGUGGUUUCAGUCCAGUAUUUAGUAUGUGAUUCAUGACCAGACUGAGAUUUUGGAUGUGAUGCGUAUCACCGAACGAAAAAGUUGUAGUUUUUCAUGUGAGUUUAUAAAUAUAUUUUCAUAAUGUACUUGAUUAAUAUACUUGUGCCAUAAUUCGCAUUU